GUUUUGAAGUCCAAAGUGGACACAUCUCUGAAAAGUGUUUAAGAAAGUGAGUGUUUUUUAAAGCAAAUUAUAUCAUUACAAUGAGAAGAUUAGUCGGAUUCGUCCUGAUAGUGGGAUCUGCGGUCGUGUUGACCACCCCAAACCCGAACCCACAAUACAGCUUUUUCCCAGCUUACACGUCUGUGGGUCAGUCUUACUACGCUCCGGAUCCGUUGAUAUCUUCCCCCUCCAUUUCUCAGUCAUCCUUCGUCCCCUCAAACUCAUUGGGAUUCAUGAACGGCGGAUUCACGACGAAUAAUGGAUUUUCGAGUAAUGGAUUUACGAAUAGCAGAUUCAUGACGAGUAAUGGGUUCAGCGGGAUGGGAUUUACCCCAAUCCGUAUGAAUGUUCAGCAACAAUCGCAACCGCAAUUGCAGCAACAGCAGCAACCACAACCGCAACAACAAUCUUCUGGACCAGGUAUCAACUCCUUGUUCGAAAGAGUGAUUGAAGAAGCCACUCUUUUUGUGGAAAAUGCCGAAAUUCCAGUUUCCGUUAAUAACAGUGCUCAUAUGCCCCAUGUCCACACCCCACCACAUGCACAUGCCGUUGGAUCCCAUGGCUUUUCUGCGCAUCACGGAGGUCACGGUCAUGGAAUGGGUGGACACAAUUAUUGCAAAUUCACCACCAAAUCCCAAAAAGUAGGCAAAGUUUCCAACGUUCAUCUCAAGGCGUACGAAAUUCUCACCAAACAAUACCAAGUGCCAAAAACACAAGCACUUUCAUACCUCCGAGCCCGACUUCCCGACUACUGUACUCGAGAACAGAGACCACUUUAUUGCGACAGGAAUAGCAGAUACAGGUCUUUUGAUGGAACUUGUAACAAUUUGGAGCACCCAUUUUGGGGCGCUUCCUACACACAAUUCGACCGUCUCGCACCCUCAGUUUACGAAGACGGAUGGAACGAACCCCGUGGGGCAGGAUUUCACAUGGCUGGAGCUCGACUCCCAAACGCACGAAUCGUCUCUCUCUCCGUCCAUCCCGACUACGUCCACCCUGAUAACCGCAUGACAAACAUGGUGCCGCAAUUCGGCCAAUUUAUUGAUCAUGACAUGACCCUAACGCCAGAGUCUGACAGACGUUGUUGCUCCCGUGAUCAGAACAAUGUUGAUUGUUUCAACAUAAAGAUCCCAACGGACGAUUAUUUCUACUCCAAACUCGAUAGCCCACAAAACUGCAUGGAUUUCACUAGAUCAACACCAUUCUGUUUCCCCAACGCCCAAGGAACUCGAGAACAGAUGAACAUAGUCACCGCAUUUGUCGACGCUAGCCACGUUUACGCUUCUGAGGAAAAUCGAACCCGAUUAUUGCGAGCGUUUCAAGGGGGACGACUCAAGACUAAUACUCAACAUCCCGGAUUCCUGCCUACUGUUGCCCAAAUUCAAGCAGAGACUGGUGAACAUUUCGAUUUCAUGGGUUCCUUCUACGGUGGUGAAGAGAGAGUGAACGAGAUGCCUGGCCUUACAGUCAUGCACACGCUUUUAUUCCGAGAACACAACCGUCUUGCCGACGCCAUCUCGGCGAAACGACCAUAUUGGGAUGACGAAACCAUUUUCCAAGAAGCCAGACGAUUGUUGAUUGCCGAAUGGCAGAAUGCAGUUUACAGCGAAUACCUCCCAAUCAUUUUGGGAGACAAUACGAUGAAGAAAUAUGGAAUCAAGUAUGACGAAGUCAAUCCUUUCACCCAAUACAAUCCAAAUCUCAAUCCCACCAUCUUCCACUCUUUUGCUGAUGCUGCCUACCGAUUUGGACACACUUUAAUCAAUGGACUUAUCCGAAUGAUGAAAGGUUUCCAGGACGUAAACCGAUACCGAAUUAGAGACAACUUUUUCAACCAUGAGCAAAUCACUUAUAACGGAGGUGAAGGAUACGAUCUCAUUUUGGGUGGUCUUAUGGCGCAAAAUUCUCAAACCUACGAUCCCUUCAUUACCGAGGAUGUCACAAACUUCCUUCUGAAGGAACCCAGCCGUAAGUUUGGCGGAGAUUUGAUUGCUCGUAACCUCCAACGUGCCAGAGAACACGGUCUUCCCGGCUACAACGUGUACAGAAGUAUUUGCGGCCUUGCCGGAAUGAGCAACUCUUGGAACAACAGACCUUCAAAUAUUCCAGAAAACGUGUGGCAAGUUUUGGGCUCCCUAUACGAAACACCCAUCGACAUUGACCUCUUCACCGGAGGUUUAGCCGAGGUCCCUGUCCCCAUGGCUGUUACUGGUCACACCUUCAACUGCUUGAAGGCUUUGCAAUUCGCCCGAACCAAGUUUGGAGAUCGAUUCUUCUACACCCACUCCAAUCAACCAGCUCCAUUCACUAUUGAGCAGUUGCGUGAAAUUAGGAAGCGAACUUUUGGGGAUAUUAUUUGCCAAAACAGUGUCGUAGAAAUGACCACCAGAAACGUCUUUAAGAUGCCAGGAGAUGAAAAUCCCAUGAUGUAUUGCAACGAUCCAGCCAGAAACAGCUUUAACAUCGAUAUUUUCCUCUACAAUCGGGCUUAAUCGGGUUGUUCUCUUCAAAAAACCUAUAUAUUCGCCAAUACAUUUGCCUAUAUAUUUUACCUACCUAUUCAUACAUACCAAUCAACCAACCAAGCUUCGUUUUAUGAGUGACAAGUAUUGAAAUGUGAUAAUUUAUUGCAACUAUUUAUUUAUUUUUUAUAUAUCAAUUUACUUAUUUGUUUUCGUGUCGUAUUGUUUCUGCUGGCAGUUUGUGUGUCUGGAUAACUUUUUUACAAGAUUUUUAUUAUAUAGAGUACAAUUUUUAUAUACGCCGAGACUUUAUUCUGGAUGCAUGAGAAGUAAGUAAGAGUAACAACUACAUACAUACAAAAAACUCGAGUGAUGUAAACUGAAAAUGAAUGUGUUCAACGACUACUUGUGCAAAGUAGCCAAUAAAAUGGAAAAAAUGUAAAAAUA